AUGUCAGCGAAUACUUUCAUAACUUCCGAAGAUGUCAUUCCUGACUGCAAAGAUCGUAUAUUGGAGAGAGACGCCGGAUUCGUGUCGGGAGGUGAUGAUGAUGAUUCCUGCUCGGGUCCAGCGCAUUCCGAUGACUCGGGAGUCAGACUUGUUGAAUCGGAUCUUAGAAAGAGACAACACACACCUCGCCUCCAGCCACCAAAGAAACGGAUUAGACUAAGUUCGAGGGAAGACCUCACUAGUCCGGAGAGUGAAGCACCCACCAGCCCGUUCAGACCUUGGUCCUUCACUGAGGAACCACAAAGAGAACCUCUCUCACUUGUCAAGAAGAGCGAAACAAGUUUAUUAAGACAGAGACGAAGGCCAUUAGAACCGCCCACACCUAUAAUUAAACCAAUCGAAUCAAGACAAUUACCACCCAGAGUUCCUCCUCAUCCCGGUGUAGUGGAAUUCCCUGAUAAAACAAAACCCAGAGAACAGAGAAACUAUAAGAAUAUGACGCGUGAGAGGCGGAUAGAAGCAAACGCGAGGGAGCGUACUAGAGUUCAUACAAUCAGCGCCGCUUUCGAUACACUAAGACGAUCAGUACCCUCCUACAGCCACAACCAGAAGCUGUCCAAGCUAUCUGUACUACGGAUAGCUUGUGCUUACAUCGCUGCUUUAUCAGCGGCAACCGAGCCCAACGCUCAACUGGCAGAAGCAGUGGAAAAAGUAACGCAUACUAUACACACUGAGGGUAAAUUGAGAAAAAAGAAAGAUGACCCUUGA